UCUGUUAUUUACCUCCUUCCUCCGCAGUUUGGGUUUAGUCCGAUUCGAGGGCUUGUUUCAAAGGUCGUUAGGUUUCGGUUUUCUGCUCCGACGCGGUGGUGAUUGUCAGCUGAGGAUGAGCAGCUGUGUGACUUUGGGGUUGACAUUUUCAUUCUUAGCGUGAACGAGCAUUAUUGGUGUGGCAGACCUGCGGGGCCUUGCUGUGGGAUCGGCAAGGAGGUGGAGCGCUGCACGAAGCCGGUGGUGUGCUGUUGACUUUGGGGUGCUGGGUUUCGUCGCUGAAUCCUCCACCCCGGUCGUCACGGCUCGUGCUUCCGCAGUGGAUUACUGCAGUGGAGCGGGGUGGGGGGGAUUCGUCGACUUCUCAUCCGGUCGAUAUUUUAAAAAAUGAGUGCAAUCAGGAAACUUUUGAAGGGGCAAUGGGUGCAAAGGGGCCUGGCCUCCGCAAACUGUCGAAGCAUGUCCAGCCGAGGAGGUAGCUCAGGGGGUCUGCGAGUCCUGGUCGAUAUGGACGGGGUUUUGGCCGACUUCGAGGGAGGAUUUUUAAAGAAAUUUCAAGCCCGAUAUCCGAACGAGCCUUGCAUUAGUUUGGAGGACCGUAGGGGGUUUUGGGUCUCUGCCCAGUACGGACAACUGAGAAGCGACCUCUGCGAGAAAGCAAUAAGUAUAUGGGAGUCUAAAAACUUUUUCAUUGAGCUUGAACCCCUGCCUGGUGCUGUAGAAGCUGUGAAGGAGAUGUCACAACUUAAAAACACAGAUGUCUUUAUUUGCACAAGUCCAAUAAAGAAGUUCACUUACUGCCCUUAUGAAAAGUAUGCCUGGGUUGAGAAGCACUUUGGCUGCGACUUUCUGGAACAGAUGAUCCUUACCAGAGACAAGACCAUUGUGUCUGCGGAUUUACUAAUUGAUGAUAGACCUGAUAUAACAGGUGCUGAGACUCGUCCUUCCUGGGAGCACAUCCUUUUCACUUCCUGCCACAACAAGCAUCUGACUCCAAAUCAGCCAAUCAGGAGACUGCACUCAUGGGCUGACGACUGGAGAGCAAUAUUGGACAGUAAAAGAUAAUGGGGUGGGCUUUGUGGUUUCUUUCAAAGUCAUAACCCCCCGAGCCCCCCUUAGUGAUUGCAAGCACAUUUACCUUUAUAAAGUAGCCUCGACGAGAGAAUUUCCCAGCAUGCAACAUAUUGCUUAUACCCGGUGCUGCGGAUCUUUUAGAGGAAAUGCUCAUUUGUAUUCAUUUCUCCAGAUUCUGUAAAUUGUGACAUUUUAAGCUCAUUUUUUAUUCUUUCAAUCCAUGUGUACUGUUUUGGUUCCUGUGAAGUGCUUCACUUGUCAGGUCAUUUUUGGACACGUAGGACUCUUUGCCUUGUGGUCUGCUUGCUAAAUAUGGCAAUUAAAAGCAGUCCAUUUUAUUUUUUUAAAGAAAACCUAACCGUUUUUAGUGAAAAGCUACUUCUACCUGACACAUCUUCUCAAGUAUGAGUCCCAGUUAGGACCUGCAUGGUGGCACAGCGGGUAGAAGUGGUUGGAUCCCUUCAGUCUGGGGUUUGCAUGUUCGUCUCUUGCUUGUCUUUGUUGCUUCCUUCCUGCAGUCCAAAGACAUGUUGGUUAGUAACAACUCCUCCAUUGGGAGGCCAUCACUGUGCUCCAUGAAGGGCCACUGUUCUGUCCAGGCUUGUUUCCUGUCCUGUGACGAGCAAGCAGAGAUAAUGUUUGGGAAAUGAUGUCCUCGAUAUUAUGACCCUGCUGACCUCAAUCCUAAGCACAUACUUGUGUCAUUUUUGUCUCAUUACCAGUAAAUGGUGUUCUGCAUCAGAGAACUCUGGCAAUCACUAACAUGGUGCAUAUGAGAUAGAGGAGCCAUAAAGAUUUAUGACCUUUUAUCACAACUGCACAUCCCUUCUGCCUGUCACUGCAUCACUUCCAGCUUGCAUACAGCUGAGGCAGGUGCAUUCUGGGAUGUCCCCUUUGUGGAGACGUUCUGUUGAUUUGGCCAGAUUGUAUUUAUAAAGUUAAUUUUAAUGGAAGCUGUAUGGGGUAUAAGAACCCCCCCCCCCCCCCCCCCCCCCUCCCAAUCCAGAUGCUUUCUCACUCUGUGUUAGCCACAGCAGGGCAUGCCAUACCGUCCUAAGGCAGCAGUGCCCAUGCUCUGAACGAGAGGUUUCUCUUCAGCUUGCACAAUGCAGACAUUUGAGGUUUACGGUAGUGUUGCUGUUAACGGACGACAUCCACCAUGUCAAGAGGCCAGUGCUUCUAGUAUGCGUCUCCUGGUGAUGGUGGAGAGUUGCUGCAAACACUUGCGUUGUCUUUUUGUGCCAUUUUCAUUCUAGAAGGAAGUCUCUUUGCUUUUUGUUGCACAAAGCCACCUUACAUUUCGGUCCACUUAUAUGACGUAUACUCAGGUUUAAAGGGACUGGCAUUACAGAUAAUUUGGUUGUUCUUCGUUUACUUUGUUGUAGUGACAUAGGAUGUCAGGGUAUAGAAACCCCACAGCAGCUUCGACUGUAACGGGUUUACGAAUGCCUACUUCUGUACUCCUUUAGCAGGAAAAGCAGACGGCGACCUCCGAUUAACCACUGAUCUUUUUCAUUUAAUCUUAAAGAGCACUUUCUACUGUGAAUGUAAAAUGUUCAAAUCUAAAAUAACACAACAGGCCCGUGUGGCUCAGGUUUGGGAUGUUGGCAGUAAUGACUUCAUUUGUGUACGACAGAGGAAGCUGUUGUCGAGAGCACUUUAAUUUUCUGCUCACGUCGCCUCUUGAUUUGGGUCAACAGCUAAUUGUGAUAUUUUUCAUUUUGGCCUUUUUUGUGUGCCACUUAACCACUGAAGAUGGGAAUUUCAUUUGUAGGAUUUCACUUUGGCCUGUUACACACCCUCUCUUAUCCUCCUUGAUAGCUAUGGUCUCGGGUUUGAGGAGCAUUAUGCAACUUGCAGUAGCCUCACCUCUUUAUUUUCCUUUCUUCUUUGGAUUUUGGAGACAAGCAGAUGAGCUACUAAAGUGUUUAUUGGGUUUGAAUUGUUAAGCUAAUGACGCCCGUAUGUACCUGCUGUCACUCUCCUUUUUAUUAAUCCUCGGUCCUAGCCAUUACAAUUCACAUGCCUGGGAUAACAAGCAAUGAAUAGGGCGUUUACUCUGUGUGUGUGUGUGUGUGUGUGUGUCUGUUUUUAAUAGAAUAUAACAUGAACAUUUUAUGUUUGCACUUGUGAAUAUAUCAUUUUUAAAACCUGUUGAAUUAUUGUGCAAAUGCAUUUAAUGAGGUACUUAGCAGGCUAGAAAGAAUGUCACCAUUCAACGUUUAUGCAUCUGACAAGUAGAAAUCUUACAUUUAUUAUUGUAAUUUACAGUUUUAUUCUACUUUAGUCUGACAUUUUAAUUAUGAAUCAUGGUCAAAGCAUUGGAUUAAUUGAAGGCACAACAGUAAGAUGAAGUGUGUCAGUCAAUACUGAGAGAAGCCAACUGCGUCUGCUCUUGUAAUAAUUCUGCUGCUGCGUUACCUGCCAGCCCAGUCUGGUGAGGGGGACCCAUCGAGCCUUUUAAUGUCUUAAUGUUAUUUGUAACCGUUUUUAGAUACAGGCGUUCUGCCAGCCUGUUUUGUUUUGUAUGGCACCUUUCAUGGUGAACACCAGCUCAAGACACUCGAGUGCUUAAUUCUCGUUGACUGCCUGUUUCUGCCUGCUGAGUUUAUAAUUCUGAUGAAAGUGUUUUUCAGAUUUUAAAUGAUUUUAUGCAGAAUCUACCAAUUUCAUAAGUUUUAGACGCCUCGUUUGUUUUAACAGUUUAAGGAAUUGUGAAGUGCCUAGGCUUUAUUACAACAAGAUCUCCAUCUAGUUAUCUGUGUAGAUCAGCCAUGUUAAGAUCAUCCUUAUAAUGCUGGGCAAAUGAUUAACACGACAAAGUACAGCUUAAAAGAAUAACAUUUUAAAAUAAGACCUAUCAGUGGGCGACCUUCAUCAGGUGUAUUGUACAGAAUAUCUGAAUGUCAUUGCCAGGCUGGGCAACACGGGCACCUCGGCACACCCCAUACCUCGUUCCCAAUCUGCAAGACAUGGAUCAGCUUUUUAUCCAAUAGGCAUCUCCCACACGUACCCAGGUGAGGUGGCGAUGUCCCUUUGGGAUAUUUGGUGUUGUGAUUCUUGCCACCAAUGUGCCCCAGGCUAAACUGAGGCCUAAAAUUCCAAGUGGUGGUUAUGCCUGUCCAUAAGCAGGCUUCUGUCUACCCCAGUAUCAAAACAACCCCUAAUGAUAUCCAUCCAUCCAUCCAUUUUCCAACCCGCUGAAUCCGAACACAGGGUCACGGGGGUCUGCUGGAGCCAAUCCCAGCCAACACAGGGCACAAGGCAGGAACCAAUCCCGGGCAGGGUGCCAACCCACCGCAGGACACACACAAACACACCCACACACCAAGGCCAAUUUAGAAUCGCCAAUCCACCUAACCUGCAUGUCUUUGGACUGUGGGAGGAAACCCACGCAGACACGGGGAGAACAUGCAAACUCCACGCAGGGAGGACCCAGGAAGCGAACCCAGGUCUCCCAACUGCGAGGCAGUAGCGCUACCCACUGCGCCACCGUAAUGAUAUUCAGAAACUAAAAAUUAAUCAAGAGAGAGAAAUAGUGAAAGCUCUGGCUGUUUAAAGAUAAGAUGAUUUAAUAUAAAAAAAAAAAUCUUUUAACAGGAAACAACAAAAAAAACUAAGGGGAGACAAAAAAAAACUAAAGACAACCAGAAACAAACACAUCCAAUCCACAGUCCAAACUCAAACACCACCAAGACAGAGCAAAGAAUCCAAAAAUCCUUCACCUUGAAGGUGCGUCCGCCAGAACAGUCAAUGCCGUCCUGGUGGUCCUGAAAUGACCAGACCGAGGGUGUUCCUCCAGCUGAACAUUAUGGUUGGUCCAACCCCUCAAACUCUAUAUAAAGGAGACAGGGCGCCUAACUAAACACGUGAACACAAAAAUUAAAUUGUAUUAAUAAAACUCAAAACAUACACAUAGACUAAAGACAUAAUAUUUAAAGAACAAGAAGUGGAAAUACAUUUUCAUCCUCCAUGUGUCGCAUCCCAAAUGGUCAGGGACGGUUUAAAGGGGGACAGUGAAGCGAUUUGUCCACUUAUUGAAUUGGUGGGCAUCAGGAAUACAAGCUGAUUAGGCGUUCACUUUAUGUGGUAGAAAUACGGAGAUGGUGGGGCUACGGCUAAAAGGCCAGUUGGUGUUCACCAUGGAAAGGUCCUCUAGGAAGUUGAUCAGCAAACAGAGGUCUGAAUCGAAUAUGCGGUCGCUGCCUGUCCCCGUGUUCUAAUAAAGCGUGUGCCCAUCUUUCUGCUUCUGCCUCCUUUCAAGCUCUGGGAAGGCUGCAAAUGUAAAUGGCAGUCGUUCUCUCGGGGGGCCUCUUCUGCUCAAGACCCCCCAGUGACUGGCCCAUGUUUGUUUUUGGGACAAUUCUGAACACAAAAACACUGCAUUGCAAAUCCGAGUCGCCCGUUGUGUUGUCCACAUGCAUCUCCAUUCUCCAUAUUUAGUGCUUGGCGGAGAUCAUUUUGAAAAUGGAUGACAAAGUUUACCAAAUAUGAUGAGGAAGUGGCCAUCGACAACGAAAACGACUGCUUCUCAAACAAAGUAGUGGCCUAGCACCGCUGCUUCUCAAAAUGAACGUCCGAAAAGCCCACACACAGACUGAAUGCUGAGCGUGUUUGUGAGGACCUGACACCCUGCAUGAUUUUAUCUCUAAGUGAAUGAUGUAAUUUUGCACUUUUAAUUUACUUCUUCACCAAUAAAGGAGAUAUCGGUUAUAUUUUAUGCAAAAAUGAGCAAAUAUGUAGAGAUCAAGAGAACCCUGAGAAAGUGUGUUGAUGAUAAUGUUUCAGAUGUCAAUGGUGCUUUUGUGUGCCCACUAUGUACGCGUGCAACAGGGGUAAGUCCUUUAGCCAAUUCAGGGCACCUCAAAUGUAUGGAAGCCAUUUGAAUAAACGCGUAAGCUCAC